AUGUCAAAUUCAAUUACAUUUGUUACUGGUAAUGAAAAUAAAUUGAAAGAAGUAGUAGCUAUAUUAUCUGGUUCUCCUAAUGAUUCAAAAGUUGGUAAAUUUACAAUUGUUAAUAAGUCUUUAGAUCUUGAUGAGAUUCAGGGUACUAUUGAAGAAGUUACAAUUCAUAAAGCAAAAUCUGCUGCUCAAAUAAUUAAUGGUCCUGUUUUAGUAGAAGAUACAUGUUUAGGUUUUGAAGAAUUUAAUAAUUUACCAGGUCCUUAUAUAAAAUGGUUCGUUAAAAAUUUAGGUUUACAAGGUAUUGUUAAAAUGUUAAGUGGUUUUGAAAAUAAAUCAGCUAAUGCAAUUUGUACUUUUGGUUAUUGUAAAGGUCCAAAUGAAAAAGUUGAAUUAUUUCAAGGUAUAACUAAAGGUAGUAUUGUUGAUAGUAGAGGUCCUACUAAUUUUGGUUGGGAUUCAAUAUUUCAACCUGAAAAUUAUAAUCAAACAUACGCUGAAAUGGAUAAAGUUGAAAAAAAUAAAAUAAGUCAUAGAUUUAAAGCAUUAGAUAAACUUAAAAAUUACUUGUUAAAUGAAUGA